GGACGGAGGAGAGAAGAGAGCAGAGCAAUACAAAAGCAGCCUCGGAUCUUGCCGGAGCUGCAAGCGUUAAGGGGAGGCGGGGAGUGACGCGGUUUGCGUCUGGAGCGGCUCCUUGGAGUCCACAGCAUCCACCGCCGGAGCCUCGCCUUCCUUUUUCCCUCUGCAGACACAACGAGACACAAAAAGAGAGGCAACCCCUAGACCUGCGCGAGGGACCCACUCGCAUCAUGACCGAGACCACCAAGACCCACGUUAUCUUGCUCGCCUGCGGCAGCUUCAAUCCCAUCACCAAAGGGCACAUUCAGAUGUUUGAAAGAGCCAGGGAUUACCUGCACAAAACUGGAAGGUUUAUUGUGAUCGGCGGGAUUGUCUCCCCUGUCCACGACUCCUAUGGAAAACAGGGCCUCGUGUCAAGCCGGCACCGUCUCAUCAUGUGUCAGCUGGCUGUCCAGAAUUCCGACUGGAUCAGGGUGGACCCUUGGGAGUGCUACCAGGACACCUGGCAGACGACCUGCAGCGUGUUGGAACACCACCGGGACCUCAUGAAGAGGGUGACUGGCUGCAUCCUCUCCAAUGUCAACACACCUUCCAUGACGCCUGUGAUAGGACAGCCACAGAACGAGACCCCCCAACCCAUUUACCAGAACAGCAACAUGACCAACAAGCCCACUGCAGCCAAGAUCUUGGGGAAGGUGGGAGAAAGCCUCAGCCGGAUCUGCUGUGUCCGCCCGCCGGUGGAGCGUUUCACCUUCGUAGAUGAGAAUGCCAAUCUGGGCACGGUGAUGCGGUAUGAAGAGAUCGAGCUGCGGAUCCUGCUGCUGUGUGGUAGUGACCUGCUGGAGUCCUUCUGCAUCCCCGGGCUCUGGAACGAGGCAGAUAUGGAGGUGAUUGUUGGCGACUUUGGGAUUGUGGUGGUGCCCCGGGAUGCGGCCGACACAGACCGAAUCAUGAAUCACUCCUCAAUACUCCGCAAAUACAAAAACAACAUCAUGGUGGUGAAGGAUGACAUCAACCAUCCCAUGUCUGUCGUCAGCUCAACCAAGAGCAGGCUGGCCCUGCAGCAUGGGGACGGCCAUGUUGUGGAUUACCUGUCCCAGCCGGUCAUCGACUACAUCCUCAAAAGCCAGCUGUACAUCAAUGCCUCCGGCUAGCAGCUACACAGCGCUUGGCUCCACGUUCCCCUCGUCCUCCACCAACACAGCGGCCCCUCCAUUUCUGUCAGCCCCCCGUUUCUCUCCUGCCUCUCUGUUUCUCCAUCUCCUCGUCUUGACUGUUUUCCCUACUUGCUGACUUAACCCCCCAUAGUGUGGGGACCUGCAGAGAACCAUGGCAUUCCCUAUUCCACAGUCAUCUUUGGACAGACUUUCCUCUAGUCUCCGGGUUGGGGGUGGGUGAGGAAAUGGGGUGGGAGUCGGGGGAAGUGCAGUCCUUGGAGAUGUACUGGUGUCCGUCUCCCAGCAUGCUCUAGGGAGGCGGCUCUGGUGCCCAUCCUCCCAGCAUGCUCUGGGGAGGCGGCUCUGGUGCCCAUCCUCCCAGCAUGCUCUGGGGAGGCAGCUCUGGCUCUCGCCUUCCCAGCAUGCCCUUUACUACAAAGGGCUAUUUUUCUUUUCUUUCUUUUAUUUAUUUUUCUUUGUUCACUCCUUGUAGAACUCAGAUGAGAUCAGUCCAUGGUUCUUUAUGUUUGUAGUCUUGAUGUGCUCCUGUGGUAUUACUUCCCCUCUGAUAGGACACUGUAGCCAGCCUCAGCACUCAGUGAGUGCAUCAGGGCCACACCCAGUAGAGAAGGCCAAGCAACCUCCACUUCUCCAGCACCACACACACACACACACACACACACGCACACACACACACAGCAGUAGCAGCAGCAGCAGCAACUUUUGAUCAGGAUUGAGAUUUUCAGGUUCUGAAACCUGGGAGGCAAAUCUGGGUUUUCUCAGAAAAAUUUGAAUCUAUUUCCUUAGUUUCAAAGGACCAUUUCCCUAUGCUCUGAGCUAUGAUCACACACAGCCAGUCCAUCCUCAUUUCCUGGUGGCAUCUGUUCGUUUACUUUGUGAGCUGUAGCUGAUGGCACAGUGCAAGUUCCCUACCAGCCAGGGAUUUCCAAGGGACAGCUGGAGGCCAUGCUUAAACACAUUCCUGCAUCUGAGAAGAAUCACAUAGGCAGGACCUGAUCCAGAUCACAGUCGUGUCUUUAAUAAAAAUAUUAGGAGUCCACUCAGCCCUGGAGGUCUUUGCUAACUGGAAUUAUUUAUUAUCUGUUGGGCUGGGAAAAGUCUCUUUCAUCUUGUAAGUCCCGGAUGACCUAAGAGAAAGCAAUUUGUUGCCCUGAUGAUAACUGAUGAUUUUCACCCUCUCCAGCUGAGGUAACUCCGACAGUGCCUGGGGUCAGCUCCUUCUUGAGAAGCAGUGCCUUAGCCUUGUUUCUGUGGUUGGUUCUAGCCCCUGCAGAGCCCAGAAGCUGCAGGAACUGUCUGAGAAAAUCUAACAGAGGAGUGCGUUCCCAGAAGGGAGAUCUGGGAGGGGUCAGGAGCCACUAAGUUGUUUCACUCCUUUUUCCCCGAAUUUUCUACCUUCCUUUCUGCUCCCGCAGACAGUUUCGCCAGGUUGUUAGGGUCUCACGCAUGUCCUGAGGGCCAUAAGGAAAUUGCUCUCUUGAGCUUUGUGUCUCUCAUCCAGUCUCUGGCUCUUGGGUUUCUGGCCUUUGAGCAAUAGUCCUUGAGUGCUAGGAUUCUCUUAUCAAAAUCGAGUACCAGCUAUGGCCAGGAGGGGCCAGGUAAGACUUGAAAGCAAAGACAAUAAUCUUUACCACACAUUUCACAUCUGCAACAUCCUUCAAUUGCAGGAAAAGGAACUUGAUUUAACAGAAGAACAUGAUAGAGCAGCAUCCAAAGGGUCUGUUAUUCCUCUUGGAUUUUUUGAAAUAAUCUUCAGAGGAAGGAAGGAAAAUCCUAUUUUGGGGUCUCAGUGUUUGACUAGGGAUCAUGAAAUAGUAAACUGAAAAAAACUUGAGAGUUCAGUUGAUCCGACACUUUCCUUUAAAGGGUGAGGGAGCAGAGGCCCAUGGGAUUAAAUGGCUGGUCCAGGUCAGCCAGCAGGUAUAGGGCCUGACAAGAGGAUACUGUUUCCCUGACACCUAGGCCGUCAUAACACACUCUCCAUUUCCUCACGUUGCUGACCAGGUGCCCAUGUGAUUUCUACACUUCCCAAGCCUUAUCCUGGGAUCUUUACCUUAAAUUAUGUCUGUCCCAGGUGCUCCCCACACACAGCUAGUAAUGCCAGUCCCAGGGGAGGGUGUGACGGUAAGGAAGGCCACUGCUAGGUUUCCGUUAGAAAUAAAGAGAUCUCAACAGCUUAAAGGAAAUCCCAGAAACUGAUUCUGUGAAUCCAAGAAAGAAUUGCUUUGUGGAGGUGAAGGAAGACCCAGAGAUUGCUCAGGAUGAUGCUAUUGCUGGAGAAAGGAAGAUGGAAGAGUCUUUGUCCAGGCAGAACAGUCGUAAGCCAGGAAAUGAAACAAAGGAAAACAGGAGCCUGAAUUUCCUGGGGAAACGUGGCUUGUUCAAGGACCUGGAGUUAUGGAUGGAAUUUAUGAGGACCCACAUGAGCAGACCUGAGGAAGGCUUAUUUCUUUGGUCCACUCUGUUACUAAGCUCUUGUCAAUCUGCAUUUGGCCUACACUCUGCACUCUUAGUGUGCGGCCGGAAGGCAUGUGCGAGUGGAGACGGAAGGUGAGAUGAAUCAAGACAAAGAACAGGUGCCAUAGACGUAGAUUUCUAGGAAUGAAGCUUUGUGGAUGACAAGCGCUGCACUAAAAACAGGUUUCCUAUUUAAUAUAAAAAGAAAGUGAAUCUUUUUUUUGGGUAGAAUCAUCCAUUCCCCACUCCACCCUACUCUUCAUUUGCUGGGAAAAGGUCAGAGUACAACUGAAUCCAGAACAGGAUGCUAUGACCAUGACCCAGCCACAGCCAAAACCAGAAAGAUGAUUCAGAGUCUGAAGUGGUGCCUCACGUGCCAACAGGAUAACCUCUGGGCCCUGACUUCGCCUCUGGGGUCCUGCUCCUUCCUGUAAAGCCCAAUCCAAGACUAGCAUGGCUCAGAGGUUGUGUGAAAGGCAUGAACUGCAACAAUCAUGUCCAGAGGGGUCUGGAGCUUUGUUUCCUGCCCACCAGCAAAAAGUGUCCCUCCCAUGUUUCUGAAAGUGGCUGAUGUAAGAACAGGCAGGAGGAAAACCCUUUUUGUCAAUGACUGUCCUUAAGGAAUGGUCCUCUGGGAGGGCUGUGCUGCUAGUGGGUACCUCAGUCACACACCCCCAACCCCAGGUAGCCUCUAGAGCCUUCUUGCUUUCAUUUUCCUUGAAUGUACAUAGGAACAGCGGGGAAAAGUCUCUUACUGAAGUGCCUGUAACCCAAAGCUAGAGCUUCUAGAGAAGCCGUUCUUCCUGUCUCAGCUUGGCCAGCCUUUCAACAGUGUUCUCUAGUUUCAAGCUCCAGCUUCUCAGAAAGAAUUAAAGAACUUGCUGUUCAAAUUAAGUAGAAAGUGAGACUCAAUAGCUGAAGUACAGCAAAAGGGAGAGAAUUACAGGGAGAAACAACUUGUACUUUAGCAGCCCAAACCUACUCUCCCCAAACUCACACACACACACACACACACACACACACACACACACACACACACACUUUUAGGGGACUAAGAGAGAGAAGCAUGUUAUUACAUUUUACUCAUCCAAACAGUAAUGCAAAAAUAAAAACGAUAGAAUAUGAAAAGCUCAGGAUCUCUCCCAAGGCUACCUACUGCAGGAGGGCCAACAGGUGAGAUGGGAAGAAUGGAAACAGGGACCGAUUUUGUAGCUCAUACAAUUAGGACACCUUAGGAAUAGCACUGUAGUAAUGGCGAUGAAUAUGCUCUGCCAAAUUCAUCCAGUCUUCACCUUCUUAUAGCUGCCCUGUACACUCGCCUCUUCAUGUGGUCUCUUUGUAGCGUGAGUUUGGAGUGUCCUAUUAGCCUGUUCUGGUUAGGAAUGAGUUAACGGCUCUUUCCUGCCAUCUUAGUCUAGUCCUGGGGCUGAGGAUUCAGCUGGAUCCACAUGGUCUUGAGGGUUGGCAUGGGGAGGGGGAAGCUUUUUUUGAAUCACUUUUUGAACACAUAAUCUGCCAUUUUAAGAGUAAGAUUUGCUUUAUGGAAAUCAAUUCAUUAAUAAAAAAUGAUAUUCAAGUUGCAAUACCAUUUCACAGUGAAAUAUUUUGAGUAAAAUUUUGUUGCUAGAAUAGUCAUGGGCAAGAGUUUUAUGCAAAAUGUUUCAAUUAUGUUAAUAAAUAAGACAAUGCUACUAGA